UGGUGGUGCCCAUCUGCGAUUGUCAUUUCUCGAUCGACCCUCGCAAAAGAAAGAAGAUUGGCGACGGAGCUAGGAAAAUUUUAGUUUAGCAAGAAAAAGCAGUGAAUUUGCUUGAUUUUAUCGCCGAAAUCAAGAGACACGGUUUGCGCGGAAGUGCGAUUAUCGGGUUCGCGUCGCUUCGCAUCACGGAAAACGGGUCAAAGUGCGACAUUUGACUCGCAAUGGGAUUAUGGUGGUGGGGAAUAUCGAUUUGAAGGUGAAAGUGCCAGGGCACUGCUGAUGUUGAUGGGAAAUAAAUUGGUCGCCUUUGUUUCGGUCUCGGUUGUCUGUGGUUCGUCUCUGUGUCUGUUUUUGGUGGGGAUUCAAACAAAAACAACACUUCCUGCUCAUCUGCCGUCGUCGUCGGUCGGUGGUGCGCAUUUUCGAUCCAGUUGUAUUGCUGUGGCUUAGCUGAUUACCAUUGGUCGAAGCAAUAACUAGCAGCGUGUAUUAGCGCGAACACGGGCGAAGAAAGAAGCAGGAAACCGACCAAGCGAAGGACAAAUACCGAAAUGUCGUUGCACUGCUGAUCUGAUCUGGAUCGUCAUCGUUUUCGUAGUAGUCGUGGGACCCUGCCUACCUACCGAUCAUUCUAGAGGUCGAAAUCAUGGAUCGCAACUCGCUGGCGAUCGGUAUUGACUUCGGCACCAGCUUCUCCAGCGUGGGAAUCUACCGCCGAGGGAAGUUCGAAAUCGUUGCCAAUGCGGCGGGCAACCAUCGGAUACCGUCGUGUGUGGCGUUCACAGAUAAGGCGCGACUUGUAGGAGAGGAUGCGCUGGCGCAGGCCGAUACGGACCCUAGUAAUGCGGUUCUGGAGGUAAAACGGAAGUUGGGUGGCUGGAAGGAGGAUAAACUGCAGGUUCAGUUUAAAGGGGAGACGAAGGCGUUUCACCCGGAGGAGAUAUGCGGUGUGAUAUUGGGGAACUUGAAGACGAUGGCGGAGCGGAAGUUGGGGCAAAUGGUGGGUUCGGCAGUGAUCGCUGUACCGGCGGGGUUCACCGAUGGGCAGAGGCAGGCAGUGCUGGACUCGGCAGCCAUCGCUGGAGUUAACGUGCUGAGAUUAGUAAAUGAGCCUACCGCGGCGGCCAUUUCCAAUGGAAUCAAUAAGAAAGUGAUAGGGGAACAGUGGGUUUUAGUGUGCUCCAUAGGGGGAGGUCAUCUAGACGUGUCGAUCAUGACGAUCUACAACGGAGUGUUUGAAGUGAAGGCAACUUCCGGAGAUAACCAACUGGGCGGAACGGACUUUGACGACCGGUUGUUAGCGCAUUGUGUAAAGGAAUUCCGUGAUAAGCAUUCCAAGGAUCUUUCGUCUAGUAAGGAAGCAAUACGCAGGCUUAGAAAAGCCUGUGAGCAGGCAAAGCGGACGUUAUCGUACACAAACCAGGCACUGAUCGACAUCGAAAACUUGUACGAAGGUCAACGAUUUGAGUUGCUACUGAACCGGGAUCUGUUCGAGGAACUCAAUCGGGAUCUCCUGGAUAAGAUCAUGCUCCACGUCGAGAUGGCAUUGCGUAGAGCUCGGAAGGAUCGGUUUGCCAUCCAUGAGAUUAUGCUGGUGGGCGAAAGUUCUCGAAUACCUAAGAUUCAGGUGAUGCUCAGUGAGUUCUUCGAUCGUCGUUCGCUCUGUAGUUCGAUCAACUCGGACGAAGCAGUUGUGGUUGGGGCUUCGAUAGCUGCCGCAAUCCUAAGCGGUGAGAAGUCUCCGGAGAUUCAAGACAUCCUAUGGUUAGACCUAGUGCCGCGAUCAAUAGGUUUAGUAACGGAAAGUGGAACUGAAGAAUCGCCACGGAUUCUAAUCAGUAGAAACUCUACAGUUCCUUUGAAAGUGAAGCACCGAGUAAAAAACUUUCAAGAAAUGCAGCUUCUGUACGAAGGAGAAAGUGCCAUUGUAAGUGAUAAUGUGUUGCUGGGGAAGUUGAAGAUUGAAGGGACGUUUGGGGAUAUUGAAGAUGUGGGGCUGUUGUUCAGCACUGAUACUAACGGAAUCUUGCAUGCCAUUGUGGAGGGAAAUAUCGACCUAAAAGCUACAUUAGAUAAGGGAAGACUAGAGCGUUAUGAAAUUGAUCGGAUCGUGUAUAAACACAAGAAGAUUCUAUUGGAGGCCGAAAAAUACGAGGAGGAUGUGAAGGAACAGGAAAUGGCCUUGGAAAAGCUCGCUGUUCAAGCAACCAUAGAUCUGGAUGAAAAGGCCGGGAGUUGGGAUCGAUUCAGUGAAUGGAUUCACUGCAUUUGCAUAGUUACUUUCGACCUCGAGCUAGGUCAAGCCAUGGAAUUAAUCUACCCAAAUCACGUAACAUUAACCGAGCAGGAGAAAACCAACAUUUGCUACCUGGCCUUCCCGGACUCAAACUCCGGAUGCAUGGGCGACUCCCAGUUCCACAUCAGACUUCGGGUGUCACCGGGAUCCGAGUCAUCGUCACUUCGGAAGGAACAUCUCGACUUCAAUUGUCACUGUCUUCCGGUUCAUCGAGCAGAUCCAGGUCACUUUUGGGGCUUUGUGUACUUCCGGCAAAUCAAAGAUGCCACCCUCAAACGCGGCUAUUUCCAGAAAAGCUUGGUUCUACUCAGUCGACUGCCGUUCAUCAAUCUCUUCUACGAGCUUACCGCCUUGAUUGCACCCGCCUUCUUCUCAAGUGGAGAACCCACUUUGGAAGCUGUCUGCGAUAACAUCUGCCAUUGGCCGUCCCUGAUGGCAGGUGAAAGUAUGUCCCUCCAUCUCCUAGGAAGCGUCUACGAAAUAUCCAUUCCUAAACAGAAUUUCAAAACCUCAUCCACGGAGAAGCCCAAAUCAGAAACCUCCAUUAGCUCAAACCCUCAAACCCAAAUCAUCGGCUCGAUCCACGAGAUCGACAUCUUCAAAAGUCUCCAGUUCUUCCUGCCACAUAUCCACCUUCUCUGGGAAUUGGUCCUAACUGGUGAGCCCAUCGUAGUCACUGGAGCAUCUCCUACUGACUGCGCUCACAUGGUCCAAUCGCUGAUGAGUCUCAUCAGUCCGUUGUCCUACUGCGCUGAAAGUCGACCUUAUUUCACCAUCCACGACACCGAGUUCAAGGAGUUCACCCAAAACAAAAACGGCCAUCCGUCAAUUAUCCUGGGCGUGACGAAUCCUUUCUUCGCCAAAACUCUCCAACACUGGCCGCACAUGAUCCGCCUCCAGGACAGCACUGAAACCAUCCUACAACAGAAACAAAAGCAAACUGUAACUCCCGCCGGCACCACUACUCCCACCAAUUCCAGUUCAUCCUCCGACUCGAAGCUGUCCAAAAUCAAGCAGAUCACCAACAAACUCCUGGAUUCGUCCCCCGGAGUCUACACCCAGUACAAACCAUUCAUCUCCAAAGACAAGGCCUUCAUCAAAAAGAUCCUCCUCGGGAUCAAAACCGAACGUCCGCCGUCCGUACAAUCUGCCCUGAUCCGGCGGCACUUCCUCGAGCUAACCCAGAGCUUCAUGAUCCCACUGGAGCGCUACCUGGCCUCCCUGAUGCCUCUCCAAAAAGACAUCUCCCCCUUCAAAUCCGCACCCCUCCCCAACCCCUUCAAGCAGGAAGACUUCCUGGCAACCCUCGAAGGAAACGGCCCACAUCUCACCCCGACCUGCAAGGGCGACUGGGAAGGCCUCUACAAGCGUUUCUUCUCAUCCCCCAACUUCAAAGGCUGGUACGAGUCGCGGUUCUUCGAACUCCAGCAAACCCUCCAAGCCCUGCACAUGCAAACCCUGUCCGAGUCGAAUCUCACCGAGUGGGUCAAGGGCAAGCACGAGGUCGAAAUCGUCGACAUGAUCCUGCGCCUAAAACAGAAACUCCAGCUCUGCAGCAGCACUCAGAUGGCGGCCCUUCCGGUGCAGCUCAAUACCAAGGAUACUCGCGAACAGCUGCUGAAGCAUCUGGAAAGCAUGAAACGGUGUCUUCCCGAUGAUCUGAAGCAGAUUUUAAACAACAUCUGAUUGAGAGAGAGCAGGCUAGAUUGUGCACUUUGUGAUGAAGGUGCGCAGGGUGCGACGUAAGUGAAUGUUUUAUGGUAAUAUUAAGUUUUCUUUUUUUAAUCAAAUCGAUACGGGAAAUCCAUUGCUUAGCAAAUCUGUGUAAGAGAUCAAUUAUACAAACACUAUGAUAGGAUAAUUACAAAUGAAGCGAUUUUAGUUCAACGGAA